AUGGCGCUGGUAGCCUACUCCGACUCUGAGGGCUCAGAUGCCGAACCAGAGACCACGCCUGCGGCACCCUCCGGAACAGCAAAGCAGACAGAGUCGACCACCGGGUUUCAGGUCGACCGCAGCAACCCGCGCAAGAUCCGCGUCGCGCUCCCGGAGCUCAAGCCCGACCCCUCCCAAGAUCAGGCAGACGAUGGACCCGCGCGCAAGAAGGCACGGCUAGGAGGGGGCGGGGGUGGUGCUCUAUCCGGUUUCAAUGCGCUGCUGCCCGCUCCCAAACGGGCCGCCGAGAAGAAAGCGCCGGCGCCGUCGAGCCGGAAGGUGUUCAGUUUGAAGACUGGCGCGACACCGGGGUUUGAUCGGGAGGCGGACGUGGAGAUGGGGGUCGGCCAGCCAUUUGAUGAUGGCAAAGCAAAUGGCCAGUCUAUCAUGCCGGGCGACAGUGCCGCGAAAUCCACCGGUGCCCCAGAGGAGAAGAAGUUGGAUUCGGGUCAGGUCAAGCUCCAAGGCAAUCCGAUGAUGUUUCGGCCGUUGUCUGUGGGAAGACCGAAUCCGAAGAAGAAAAAGACGCCCAAAUCUACUACACCACAGCCAGCACCAGCUGCACCACCCACAGCUCAAUCUUCAGUGCCGAGCACAUCCCAGACAGAAACUACAUCGGGCCCAGAUUCAGCCCCAGCCCCAGCCCCGCCAAAACCGAAAGUCAGCCUAUUCUCUCUAUCUUCGGAAGAUCGAUCAGACGCGGCCCCCGCACCCGCUGCAGCCUACGAGCCACUGGUCUACAGUACCGAAAUGGAAGCCCCAUCCGCCGGACCAGCUCCCGCGCCAGAAUCUAUACCCUCCGCCACACCAGACGAUCCCACUGGUGCUGCAUCUUUCAAUCCCGCCACCCUCAACACAAUCGCCAACGACCUCAAUCUAUCCAAAUCCGAGCGCCGCCAGCUAUUCGGCCGGAAUGCCAUUCCCGCAGAGUCGCGGGUCCUCACCUUCAACACGGACCAGGAGUACGCAUCGAACCAGGCGAUGGCACAGAGCGAGCUGGCUGCGCAGCAGCACAAUCCCGUGCGGGCCAUUGCGCCAGGCAAACAUACACUCCAGCAGCUGGUCAAUGCGGCGAACUCACAGCGUGAAGCGCUGGAGGAAAGUUUUGCGACGGGGAGGCGGAACAAGAAGGAGGCGGGCUCGAAGUAUGGGUGGUAG